UGACAGUGCUGUGAAGCGUCCUGAGAGCCGCAAGAGAUCCUGUGAUCCCGUCAAAGGCCGUCAUCGCCCGUUCCGGCGGACAGACGAGGGAGGCUGAUAAAUAGGGAGACCGGGAGCAGGGAGACGACCCCGAAAGAGGCUGACAACAACAAGAGAGGACGAUCACAGAGCGUCGCCGGUUGAAAAUGGAUCUGAGCUUGCUUCAAGCUCUGGAGAGAGAGAACAUCUUGGAGGUGCUCAGGAGAGAUAAACUCCUGCGAACCUUAGACGAAGAGAGAAUAAGGAGGAUGAAGUUCGAACUCCAGGAGAUCAGGAGGAAGGGCGCUAAGAGUUUUGCCAAGCAGUAUGGCGAGCGGACCUGCGCCCGCUGCCAGAGGCCGCUGGGGAGGUUGUGGAAUUCGGGCGACGUGUGUCGAGGCUGCAGCCACCGGAUCUGCAGCAAGUGUCGGGUGGCUGCAACCGGCGUGGACUGGAAGUGCACCGUAUGUCACGCCUACAGGGAAGUUAAGAUCAGAUCUGGAGAAUGGUUCUUGGAGGAAAGGGCAAAGAAAUUUCCUCCUAACACAGAAAGACAAGGGCCCGUCGGGGAGAAGUUACUGAAGUCCUACCAGAUGCUCAGCCACAUAGCGGUGGUUCCCCCCACCCCUCCACCUUAUUUUGACUGCCCACCGUUGAGCCGAUCUGGGGAUCUUAAGAAUUCAAAGACUUUCGCCAAGUCUAUGGAGGAUCUGAUGGUUUCCUUCACCAGUCAUAUGAAAAAGAUUUCCAAGUCCCAGAGCGAUGUGCGAGGGGACCAGGCUUUCCUCCGAGUGGACGACAGAGAGUCGUACAGGAUCUCCAGCUGCCAGAAGAGCCUGUCUGACACGGACCUCAACAAAGCUAACCAUCUCUCCAAAGUUUCCAGCCUAACCAACCUGUUCAGAAGAAGCAAGGAGAGCGACCAAGAGGGCUCCUCCACGGGGGCUGAAGAGGAAGUGUCCCUCGGUUCGGAGUACUCUGGAGGGAGGAGAGGCAGCAGCAGCAGUGCCAGCACAGACUGUGGCUUCUUCGAGAGCAACGGCACCACGGGGGAGCUGGAGAUGGCCCUGGCCUACAACCCCACCACCUCCUGUCUCGAGGUCACAGUCGCCGCUUGCCGAAACAUCGCCUACGGAGACGCCAAAAGGAAGAAGUGUCACCCAUACGUCAGGGUGUACCUGCUGCCGGAGAAGACCCAAAGCAGUAAACUGAAGACGUCCGUCAAGAGGAACACAACCAACCCGGUGUACAAUGAAGUUUUACAGCAUCCCAUAGAGCGCCCCCAGCUGGGUGGCAGGACGCUGCAGGCCUCCGUGUGGCACAGCGGCACUCUGAAAAGGAAAGUGUUCCUGGGCGAGGUCCGCGUCUCGCUGGAGUCCUGGAGGUUCGAUGAAAAGGCCUCGCAGGGCCCUGCCUGGUACCCUUUAUGUCCCAAGCAGCAGGAGACUCCAGAAGGGGGCGCUGUGGAGCAGCAGGAUAGAGGAGACGUGAUGCUGCAGCUCAGGUUCAGCCCAUUUGCCCCGACUUGCUCCUCUGCAUCGUAUCAGGGGACGGACAAGCUAACUGUCCUUAUCAAGGGAGCCAAACGCCUCGCCGUUAAAGCAAACAGUCGGCAGAAUGCCUACGUGAGAGGGUGCCUGACUCUCCCCGGAGGCCGAGCGCUCGGCCAAACCACGGCGGCUCAGCUGGUGACACCCAAUUGCGGCUGGCCUCACCAGCUGGUGUUCGACGGCGUCUCCUCCUCGGAGCUGCGGCGCGGCUCCCUGACGCUGGAGGUGUGGGAGCGCAGCUCCGCCGGCCUCUCGGACCGGCCCCUCGGAGGGGCUCGAGUGAAUCCAGGGUCGCCAUGGAAACCGGUGCUACAGAUGCCCAACAAGUGGCACGACUUACGCCUGCCGCUUGUUGCCAACGUCAACACCGGAACCAUGACGACGGCAAGCAGCAGAACCCCGGGGGACGCCACGUCUCUCCACGGACACGAGACUCAGCACUUUAGCACGCUCCGUUCUGCGCCGACCACCGGGCUCUCGCUCGGCUCCUCCACCCCCUCUCGCAGUCUCACCCGGUUAUGAAAUGGAGAUCUAAUAAAAACCCGCAUGUCAAAAAAAAAUAACGGCUCCGGCUCGUCUGUCUGACGUUUUUUCCUACCCGAGAUCGUGACGCACAAAUCAAAAGAGGACGCCCAGCAGUGUGUAAUCAGAGGAGAUUUUUUUAUUGCCAAUAUGUCGAACACCUCAUUAUAAAAUCCUGUUCAAAUACAAAGGCCAGCAAAGCUGUGUCUCCAUUACAGUGUCAGUAAAUGCUACUCUAGUCCACAUCCACAGAGAGAGAGAGAGAGAGAGAGAGAGAGAGAGAGAGAGAGAGAGAGAGAGAGAGAGAGAGAGAGAGAGAGAGAGAGAGAGAGAGAGAGAGAGAGAGAGAGAGAGAGAGAGAGAGGGAGGGA